CGUGCAUAAACCUUUCUUUAACCAGCUCCUCCUCCUCGCCCUCCUCCCUUAAUUUAAUCCUCCUCCGCUCGCUCGCCGUGGGAGGCUUAGGUUAGGGUUUUGAGGGACCUAAUCUCGCGCUAGUAGAAAGAGGGUGGCCGAGGUCAGUCUCUCUCUCUCUCUCCUACCUCACCUCCCGCACCCAGGAUUCGGGUUCUCAGGUCUGCAGAUCCAGCCGCAGGUCUCUUUUCGGACUAACGAUAGAGACGCUGGCAUGAGUUUCGGUGGCCUCUUCGACGGCGGUGGCGCCGGCGGCGGCAUGCAGUUCCCCUACGCCGCCGCCUUCUCCUCCUCCCCCGCGCUCUCCCUCGGCCUGGACAACGCCGGCGGCGGCGGCGGCAUCGGCGGCCGGAUGUUCCCCGACGCCGCGGCGGGGCGGGACGCGGACGCCGCGCAGAACGACAGCCGCUCCGGCAGCGACCACCUGGACGCCGUCUCCGGCGUCGGCGACGACGACGACGACGCCGCAGAGCCCAGCAACCCGCGCAAGCGCAAGAAGCGAUACCACCGCCACACGCCGCAGCAGAUCCAGGAGCUCGAAGCGCUGUUCAAGGAGUGCCCGCACCCGGACGAGAAGCAGCGGGCCGAGCUCAGCAGGAGGCUCUCCCUAGACGCGCGGCAGGUCAAGUUCUGGUUCCAGAACAGACGCACGCAGAUGAAGACGCAGCUGGAGCGGCACGAGAACGCGAUCCUCAAGCAGGAGAACGACCGCCUGCGGGCGGAGAACAUGACCAUCAGGGAGGCGAUGCGCACCCCGAUGUGCGGCGGCUGCGGGAGCCCGGCCAUGCUCGGGGAGGUCUCGCUCGAGGAGCAGCACCUGCGCAUCGAGAACGAGCGCCUCAAGGACGAGCUCAGCCGCGUCUGCACCCUCGCCACCAAGUUCCUCGGCAAGCCCGUCUCGCUCCUGUCCCCGAUGCAGCUCCAGCCGCAGCACCUGUCCAUGCCCCUGCCCAACUCCUCCCUCGAGCUCGCGGUAGGCGGAAUCGGUGGCAUUGGGUCUAUGCAGCAGGCUACGAUGCACGGUGGCAUGAGCGACUACGCCGGGGGCGCCUCCAGCUCCAUGGGCACGGUCAUCACGCCCGCGCGGGCCGCCGGCUCUGCUGCUCUCGCGUCCAUGGUGGACAUCGACAGAUCCGUGUUCCUGGAGAUCGCUAUCAGCGCCAUGGACGAGCUUGUCAAGAUGGCGCAGAUGGGCGAUCCUCUUUGGGUUGCAACGGGCUUGCCUGGUUCUCCCAGCAAGGAGACGCUCAACUUCGAGGAGUACCACUCCACUUUUCAGUCUAUUGGCAUGAAGCCUGUCGGGUUUGUGUCCGAGGCAUCUAGGGAGUCCGGACUGGUCAUAAUCGACAACAGUGUUGCCCUUGUAGAGACCCUCAUGGACGAGAGACGGUGGUCUGACAUGUUCUCCUGCAUGAUUGCCAAGGCCACAAUCCUUGAGGAGGUGUCUAGCGGCAUUGCCUCAAGCAGAAACGGCGCGUUGCUGCUUAUGAAGGCUGAGCUACAGGUGCUCUCGCCUCUGGUCCCCAUCAGGGAGGUUAUAUUCCUCAGGUUUUGCAAGCAGCUGGCUGAUUGUGCGUGGGCAGUGGUGGACGUGUCCAUUGAUGGAUUGCUGAGCAAUCAAAAUUCUGCUACGGCACAACCAGCUGCAAAUUUGAAGUGCAGGAGGCUGCCUUCCGGCUGUGUGAUGCAAGACACUCCCAAUGGCUACUGCAAGGUCACAUGGGUUGAGCAUUCGGAAUACGAUGAGGCAUCUGUCCACCAGUUCUACAGACCACUUCUCCGAUCUGGCCAUGCCUUUGGUGCCAGCCGGUGGCUUGCGACACUGCAGCGUCAGUGUGAAUGCCUGGCCAUCCUCAUGUCCUCUAGUGCAGUGCCACCAAAUGAACCAACCGCUAUAUCACAAGAGGGUAAGCGAAGCAUGCUUAAGCUCGCACGCCGGAUGACGGAGAACUUCUGUGCCGGGGUGAGUGCAUCAUCUGCACGUGAAUGGAGUAAGCUGGAUGGUGCAACAGGUAGCAUCGGUGAGGAUGUGCGUGUCAUGGUACGAAAGAGUGUGAGCGAGCCUGGAGAGCCAGCUGGAGUGGUGCUGAGUGCCGCCACAUCCGUAUGGUUGCCUGUCGCUCCAGAGAGGCUGUUCGACUUUCUGCGUGAUGAACAACUGCGUGCGGAGUGGGAUAUCCUCAGCAAUGGAGGGCCCAUGCAGGAGAUGACUCGGAUCGCAAAGGGGCAUCAGAAUGGAAACUCCGUAUCCCUCCUAAGAGCCAGUGCCUUGAGUGCCAACCAGAGUAGCAUGUUGAUCCUUCAGGAAACUUGCACCGAUGCUUCGGGAUCGAUUGUUGUAUAUGCUCCAGUGGACAUCCCCGCAAUGCAGCUUGUGAUGAACGGCGGGGAUUCCACCUAUGUCGCUCUGCUGCCAUCUGGAUUCGCCAUUCUUCCUGAUGGUCCUAGCGUCGGAAACGAGCACAAGACGGGCGGCUCUCUGUUGACCGUGGCAUUUCAGAUUCUUGUGAACAGCCAGCCCACUGCCAAACUCACCGUGGAGUCGGUGGAGACCGUGAACAAUCUCAUCUCAUGCACCAUCAAGAAGAUCAAGACUGCGCUGCAGUGCGCAACGCCAGAGUGUUAGAAUGGAUUUUUUUGCCUCGGGGAUGACUGGCGACGGCGACGUUGAGUCUGAGUCAAGAACGAACCGCGCAAUGGAAAAAAGAAAUCCUUUGCUAGGUGAUAAGGAUCUUAAGUCGACAAGGUCCUUAGCACAGAGCAAUGGUGGUGGUUCGGGUAUUGACUCGGCCUCUUCCGUCUGGCUUUUGUUCCCCGGUACCAAUACCCUUGCAUUUUAGACAUUUCUUGGAAGGAUAUGCUUUUAGUUCCAUGGUUUUAGGGAGUCGAUGUGUGUACUUUCGGCUGGCUCGUUGCCUCUGUACUGUCUCUUUCUUUUGUAAGAAUGAGCUGGUGUGCAAGUGGAAGCUCAGAAAUGCUGGGUAAUUUAAUAUCCGUCCAUGCAUAGGUUCUGGUAGAAGUAUAGGAUCAAACGUCAAUGUUUGAAAGCCGACCUCAUAAUGUCUGGCAUUGCUGCUGAGAUUUUAUUUUGGAAUCAAUGGCUAGCCAAAGUUCUGAAUAUUUGCUGAACUGUGCUGUUUCA